AUGGACGGCUCCACCAUUAUAGCGAUCCAGCGUCGGCCCAAUGGGCGUCUCCAAGCGUGCGAUCCAUGCCGGCAGAGCAAGCUGGCGUGCAAUCACUCGAUCCCCUGCAUAAGAUGCAAGAAGUGGAACAUUGUAGAUCGUUGCAUAUACAGCGCCUCGGGCUCAUCUCCGAGGAGAUCAACUGCCUCGUCGGCCUCGGCUUCCUCCAUAGUCAGGAGGCCAGAACCGGCACGCUCCUUGCCCCAGAGCCUGCCAGCCAUUACUCCGAGUCUGACCUCAAGGCUGUCGACAAGCCCAGACAGCCUGCCCCCGAACUCGGCGGCAGUUCAACCUGGUUAUCUGGGCUUCACAAGUUUCUCGACUCCCUACGAGGAGACGCGGAAUAGUCUGUCACUGCUGGACCCGCAGUCUCCGUCGCACAGGACCAACCAGAACCGGCGUUCUUCAGGGGUAGCAGGCCAAUCCCCAGUCAGCCAUGCCGGCAACAUAAUGUCGCCCGUGGUGCAGGAGCUGGCUCUCCAUGUACUGAGACAAAUCCCGAUUCCGGAAGAUGGGCCGCGCAUGUUCGAGCCCAACAUUUCGUUUUUCGAUGGAUGGGUCAAUAUCAUGAGCAAAACUGUGCUUGAGCAGCUGUACGCCAUGUGGGGUCACUGCCUGGGAACGACGCGGAAUCCGGCCCAGCUGGAGGAGUUGGCUCGAACGAUAUGCGUCAACACUAUCAAGUCGACGUCGGACGCCAUCAGGGACCCGAAUGCCUGGAUGGCUCAGUUCGUAGGCCAUAAUCUCAGGUGGGACUCGUUGGGGGCGCUCUUUACCUUCUGGAAGCUAUCGCCCGAGAGUCCGUUGGCCGUAGUGAACCAGGAGCUCAUUUGCAACUGUAUCCGAUUAUGCAGGCAGUUUACUGAGGGCAAUGUCGUCUUGGUCUAUCUGUAUCACCAGCGGGCGAGGCUCCAGUCGAUAUUCAGUGGGGAUGCGGGCUUUGAAACCUGGCGCUACCAUGCCCAGAUGGUGCAGCUCAUCACCUUCCUCGGACACCACGCCGAGACCAACACGGAGAAGCCCUACAUGCCCACGCUUGUAUCCGAGGCCAAGCGGUGCAUGCUCUGGCUCAUCUAUUGCAUGGACAAAGUGGCCGUUUCUUUCACCGGUCGGCCGCCCCUGCUCACCCAGGUCUACAUCUCGACGCCACUGCCCCUCGACCUCGACGUCAAUUGGCUAUUAGUCGACCAGGAUGUGCUGGCCCAGAAUUUGGAUAAGCUCGUCGAUGACCAGGGCUGGAACCUCACAGGGGGCUUGUACGGUUCCACCAUGGACCGGACUCGCGCACAACUGUUCAAGGUCCGGGAAGACAUCUUUGUCAUUGCCCUUGGCUCCAAGAAGGCAUCCAUCGAGCAAAUCCUUGACCUCAAAUCGUGCGCCGCUCAGGCUACUCGUGUCCUCCCCCCUUCCAUCACCUACCGCCCAGAAGACAUAAGGGACUUGAACGUCGAUGUACGACAUCUAUUCAUCCGGCUGUUGCACAAACUCGAUCAUCUUCAGAACCUGUUCUUCAUUGAGCGCAUGUUGAUCCUGCGCUACCAGCAAGACGGCGGUGAACUCCUGGCCCUCAGCUUUGAGAUGGUGGCAUUGACGCUCAAUCUGUGGACGCACAUGGAUCGAUUUUUUGCCAAAAGGAAGGACUUUGAGUGGAUUCUCAUGGGCUAUGGCGCCCCCGCAGGCGGUAUUCUCUGCAUGGAAAUCCUCAAACCGACCCUGAGUGGUUCGCACCCGCAGAACCCACACAUCACGCGGUCGAGCAUUGUUCAGAAGUUGAGCCUGCUGGUCGGGUUCCUCGAAUGGGUCGGCCCCUCGGCACCCAACGCCAACAUCGCCGCCAACACCAUCGCCACCAUCCAGCAGGUCCUGGACCACUCCCUAAAGCACGCGAGCACGAAGCCCAGGCCGUGCCCGGGAUAA